AUUUAUCGUACAUAAUACUAGUGUAAGUCAUAUUCUGUUGGCCGCCUGCCUCACUUGAAUUUUUGAAAAACGAUCCAUUAAGUUUUUCAAAAAUUUUAGUUAUUCGAAAUAAAAACAAUUUCGAAAUUUGAAAUUUUAUACUGAAAACUAUACCUCAAGUGAUGCGACUAACAGAAUAGUGAUAUACCUAUGUAUGUAUAUCUAUAUUGUGUUAAAUAUGCACAUAUUAUAGUAUUAUACCUAUAACGUAAAAGGAAACUUAUUAAUUUUGAAAAAUGGAUAAACAUAGGUAACAUACAUAUUAUGUAUCAUAUAUGGACAUAGAUUUUUACAUAGCAUGAAAAGUUAUAACUCAAUUAAAUGAGUUAAUUGCAAUGAUUACUAGAUGGCUUUACCAUAUUUAUACUCUACACUAACUCAAUCUAUGUGAGAAAACGAAAAUUUAAAAGUUACUCUCAUUUUUAACUUCUUACUUUGUACAAUAAUUUGUAUUGAAGCAGGUAUAUUUAUAUUUAUAUCGCACCUGUUUGUUUAUAUAUUGUAUCCAUAUUAUAAUUUUUUUUUGUAUUCACCAACACAUAAUGCAGAAAAAGUAGAAAUUUGUUACGUCUCUUUCUAUCGUUAAUUUUUCCAAUAGUGGUAUAAGUACUUUAAAAUUUAAUACGUAUAUCAUUCUUAUGAAUAUCAGUUAGAUACAUAUGUCAAUAAUUUAAUACAUACUACAUAUUAAAAUUAAUUUCGGUGCUAUUGUUGAUCUUUCGUUUUUUAAUUUACUUUAUUAAACUACAAAUAAAAAUUAUUCGCUAUUAAACAAAUAAUUUAUUUAUUUUUGUUUUUGCCAGAUAAAAUAUUUCUUUAUAACGAAGACGUGGUUUCUCUUUACACAAUUUCUAAUUUAUCAUUAGAUAAAUAAUAAUACAAAAAAAAAGACAAGGAGAACAUUACAAAAUGGUGAUCGUGAUAAGAUUAAAGUGAAAUAAAAAAAAUUAAUAUUAUUGAUAAGAUAAAUUUUUCUUUUUGUUUAUGAUAAUGUACAAUUUAUGUAAAAACUUUAGAGAAAAACUACAAACAAAAUUCUAUGAAGAAAAGACUUAAUUUUUUUUUUUUAAUAUUAUUAGUUUUGAUUCGUCAUUUUGGUAGCAUUGAAUUUACUUUGGGAAAAAUUAUAUUCAAAUUAUUUUUUUAAAUUAUAAAAAUUAUGUGUAACUAUGUACUUUCGUCAUAAAUAAAAAUAAUAAUUUCAAGAAAAUUUUAAGUAUUAAAGUUAAAUUAAAGCCUCAAAAAUUAUUACACACGAUAAUACAAGUUAUUGCAUACAAAAAAAAAAUUAAAUUAUAAUUCGACGUUGAAGGAUGCCACUGUUUCAUAAAAAAGGAAAAUCUCAGGGAUAUGAUUCAGCAAAUAACAAUCAUCAGGAUUUAGAUAGCAAUAAUUUAAAAAAUAUAAACGAAGAUAUUAGUCAAAGAAAUAUGGAAUCAGCUCAACAACAACAACCGACUGCAAACAAAAUAUCAAGAACUCAAUUAGUUUUUCAUUGUCAAUUAGCUCAUGGUAGUCCAACUGGUUUCAUUAAGGGAUUUUCAAGUGUUAAAGAAUUAUAUCAAAAAAUUGCAGAAUGCUAUGAAAUAACACCGGACGAAAUUAUAUUUUGUACUUUAAAUACCCAUAAAAUUGAUAUGGGAAAAUUAUUGGGUGGCCAAAUAGGCUUAGAUGAUUUUAUAUUUGCUCACAGAAAAGGGCAACCAAAAGAAAUUGAAAUAAUUAAAUCAGAAGAUGCACUGGGAUUAACAAUUACUGAUAAUGGUGUUGGCUAUGCAUUUAUAAAACGUAUUAAAGAAGACAGUAUUAUAGAUAAAUUGAAGCAUAUUCUUGUUGGAGAUCAUAUUGAAAAAAUAAAUGAACAAAGCGUUGUUGGAAAACGUCAUUUUGAGGUUGCAAGAAUGCUAAAAGAUAUUCCAAGGGGAUCGACUUUUACUUUAAGAUUGGUUGAACCUAUGAAAAGUGGUUUUCAAGGUAUUGGGCCAAGAGAUUCCCGAAGUGGCGUUAAAAGUAAAUCAUCGCAAAAUUAUGGUAGUGGUAAAGAAACAUUACGAUUUAAGGCAAAUGGUCAAGUUGAAAUAUGCAAUAAAUCAAAUGAUAUGGAACAAGCUGCUUUAGAUGCUAUUAAUUUAUUGUUGGAUUCAUUUUUAGGUAUUAAUGAUACAGAUUUAGCUACACAAAUUUGGGAAUUAGGAAAAAAUAAAACAAAUUCAAUGGAUUUUGCGGAAGCGUUGGAUAAUUCUGAUUUGGAUGCUUUUGGUUUCACUGAUGAUUUUAUUAUUGAAUUAUGGGGUGCUAUAACUGACGCUAAACAAGGUAGAACCAAACCAAAAUUUGUGAAUAUAGAUAUUGGGCAGUGAAAUAAGUAUCAAAUAUUUAAAGUAUAGAAAACAAAAUUUAAAAAAAAAAAUACAUAAUAAAUAUAAUUUAUUUAAAUUAUGAAAAAUAUUAUUGUUUUAAAACCUUCAAUUUAUUUUUUAAGAAAAAUUUUAUGUGUUUGUUUGCAUUUAAUAAAUUAUGAUUGCUUUAUGAAGUUAUUAAAAAAUUUUUGUAUUAUUGCUUGAAUCGCAAAAAAAAAAAAGAAAAAAAAACAAAAUAAAAAAAAAUAAAAAAAGAUUCUAUUGAUAUUGUGCCAUAUCUACAUUCUGUAGUUUAAAAACAUUGAAUCAAUCAUAAGUUCUUUUCAAUUAAAUAUUCGUUUGUACAAACGUUUUCUUCGAUUUAUCGUUUUGUUUCUAAAUACAUUUGUACUGUGUUUGCAAAAUUUUUAGGUCCAAUAUCAAACUAUACAUACAUAUGUAUAUAUCA